AUUGAACCCAGGCACUUGGACAAGCUAGGCAAGCACUCUCUCAUUGAGAGUUAAUUUCUAUUCCAGAGUUAAUUUCUAUCUGUGAAUAAGUAAAGGGUCCAACUUCAUUGUUUGUGAGUGGAAAUCCAAUUUUUCCAGCAUUAUCUAUUGAAAAGAUACAUCAGAUCUUUGAAAACACUGCCAUCUGCCUUUUCUCAGGAGAUGCUAAUAGGACCAUUUACCUCCCCUACCUAGGGCCUCCAGAUGUUUGAUCUUUUGAGUUGGACCCACCUACUGCUUUACAUCCCUUUAUGGUACAACCCUGCUCAAUACUUUUGGGGCCACAACCCUCCCUUACACUGCCCCAACCUGCCUGUCCCACCUUAUCCAUGAGAAGUCUGCAGAGAGGCAGCACCCCUAUUUCAGCCCCCUGCCCCCCUGCCCUAUCCCCUGCACAUGUGUGACCAUGGGUCCACCCUCCCUCCACCCUUCCUGGGCCUUCCCUGCUGUGCACAUCUGGACCUCCUGUUCCUCCUGCCCCUGCAGGCCAGCCUCUCCUCUUGAACUCUCUCCUAUACACUUAGGCAACCUGUUCCCCUGUCUUGGGCCCUGGCUUAUAUGCCUGCCCCUCUCUCCAUUUCCCCUUUCUCCAUCCCUCACUUCCCCUCUCCUUCAUCUUUACUUUCCUAUCUGCAUUGUAUUGGGAACCUUUCUUCUGUCCCUUUGUCUGUGUGUGUUUGCUGCCUCCUCAGGUGCUCAGGACAGCAGAGCCUUUGUGGUGAGCAUUGAUGAGAAGUUGUUUCCAGGAAGAGGUGUCAUCUGUUGCUUCCUCUUCCACAGGGAACCACAGUCUUCACUAUAACCUCACAGUGAGGUCCCAAGGUGGAUUAGUGCAAUCAAGGUCCUUUGCUGAUGGUUAUUGGGACCAUCAGCUCUUCCUUCACUAUGAUAGUGACUCUAAAGAAAGCCCCAAACCCCAAGGGCCAUGGGCAGAAAAACCCUUGGGAAAUGAGAGGUGGAACAUAGAGAUCCAGGAGUUGAAAGAGCACAUCAAGAAAGCAAAAGCAACCCUGGCAGAUAUCAAUGCCCAGCAGGAGCAGAGAGGAGGGUCUCAUUCCCUUCAGGAGAUUUGGGGCUGCAAGGUUGAAGAGGACAACUGCACCAGGAGCUUCUGGAUGAUCUACUAUGAUGGGGAGCCCUUCCUCUCCUAUCACCCAGAGACACGCAGCUUGAGAGUGGAGCCAUCCUCAGCUCAGACCUUGGCUAUGGAAGUCAAGAAUUCCUGGGAUGAAGAUGGCAUUCAAAGCAAGGACAUCUGGGCCCAAGUGCAGGGAGAGCUUUGUGGAAAACUUCGGACUUAUCAAGUCUCCUGGAAGGGCUCCUCCCUCUCCCCUGGAGCCUCUGCCCAGGAGACCUUGUUGUCACCAACAGUGAAUAUGACCUGUGGUGAAACCUCUGAGGACACCAUCAACGUGACAUGUUGGGCUUGUGGCUUCUAUCCCCAGAAUAUCUCUGUGACCUGGCUUCAAGAUGGGGAACUCCUGAGUCAGGACACCCAGGACUUUUUGGAUGUUUUUCCCUAUGGGAAUGGGACCUACCAGACCUGGCUGUCCACCAGGAUUCCCCAAGGACAGGAGCAGAGGUUCAGCUGCCAUGUGGUACACAUUGGAAAGAACACCACUGUCCCUGUGUCCUGUGGUGUUGGACUUUGGAAGGGAUGGCCCAUCUUCCUAUCUGUUGCUGUUCUUCUGAUUAUGACAGUUAUGAUUCCUGUUUGUGUCUAUUGCUGCAAGAAGAGCAAGACGCCAUCAGCUGCAGAGGCUUCAGAGCAAAUGAGUCUACAAGACCUGGAUGGGCUGCAAAGACCACCAAGUGACCACACUGGAUCCACACAGCCGGGGUGUCAGCCUCUGCUGAGAGCUCCUAAGGCAUCUCAGGGAGCUUAGCCUGUGCAGCCCUGCUCUGAGCAGCACUUUCCUUCCUUCUCAAUGAUGUGGAAACACGUUGAUUGACUUGGGACUGGGGAAUGUAUAUAAGGUCUUUUCUUCUUAGUGGAAUAUAGAUAGGUGGUCCAUAAAUGGAUUUGCCUUCCCUAACAGCACUCUGUACCAUGCUGAAGCAGUUAAACUUGGUAAGCUGGUGGAAGGGCCUUUUGACUAAGUCAUUAUAGUGCCAAAUAGGUGGUAAUAACUUACAGGACUGGGGCAAGUUUGUCACCCAGUAGGUGAAGAACCGUGACCAGCUGAGGUGUUUACUCAAAGCAAAGAGAACACAGAGCAGGGAAUAGAGUAAACCAACUCUAAUUUGUGACUGACAUGAAAACAAGAGUUAUCAUAGUUUUAUGAUUAAUAAAUUUAUUAUUACCAUGA